GUCAUAAGGCUGCGCCGCUCUCCUGCAUCUGUUAUGAUUCGGCUGAAGAAAGUGUCCAGGAAGACUCUUGAUGAAGCAACUGAGAUCCAUGUGACACACUAUUAUAAAGAUGGCAUUUAUUAAAGAGAACAGUGAAGACAUAAAGAUGGAGUUUAUUAAAGAGGAGAGUGAAUCCGUGAAGAUUGAAGAAACAUUCAGAAUUAAACAAGAAGAAACUGAGGAACAAACAAAGAUUGAGUUUAUUAAAGAGGAGAGUAAAGACACGAAGAUGCCGUUUAUUAAAGAGGACUGUGAAGACAUAAAGAUGGUGUUUAUUAAAGAAGAGAGUGAAGACAUGAAGAUUAAAGAAACAAUUAGAGUGAAACAAGAAGAAACUGAGCAACAAACAGACCUGAUGGCACUGAAAGAAGAGAGUCAAGAACUGAAUGAAAUGGAAGCGGAAGAUUGUGAUUUCAUGACAGGAGAAAAAUCCACACAGACUAAAAAAAAUUCCUCUCAAAAAAGAACUCAGAAAACCAUAUCUGACAGUUGUUUUACCUGCCAACAGUGUGGACGCAGUUUUGCUCAUAAACAAAACCUUAAAGUCCACAUGAGGGUUCACACUGGAGAGAAGCCUUUCACCUGCCAACAGUGUGGACAGAGUUUUGCACGUAAAGGAAACCUUAAUGCCCACAUGAGAGUUCACACUGGAGAGAAGCCUUUCACCUGUUCUCAGUGUGGAAAGAUUUUGCUUCAUAAACAAAACCUUAAAGUCCACAUGAGGAUUCACACUGGAGAGAACCCUUAUAUCUGCCAAGAGUGUGGACAAAGUUUCACUCAAAAACAAAACCUUAAAGUCCACAUGAGGAUUCACACUGGAGAGAAGCCUUUCACCUGCCAACAGUGUGGACACAGUUUUGCACGUAAAGGAAACCUUAAUAUCCACAUGAGAGUUCACACUGGAGAGAAGCCUUUCACCUGCAAACAGUGUGAACAGAGUUUUGCACGUAAAGCAAACCUUAUUAUCCAUGUGAGAAUUCACACUGAAGAGAAGCCUUAUACCUGCAAACAGUGUGGAAAGAGUUUUUCACAUAAAGGAAACCUCAAUCAGCACAUGAAGAUUCACUCGAAACAAAAACUUUUCGUGUGUCAUCAUUGUGGAAGGAGUUGCAUAAGCGGGAAUCACCUUAAGAAUCAUGUAAUGACUCACACUGGAGAGAAGCCAUUCGCCUGCUAUCAGUGUGGAAAGAGUUUCAAUCAUAAAGGAAACCUUUAUGUCCACAUGAGAAAUCACACUGGAGAGAAACCUUACACAUGUACUCUGUGUGAGAAGAGUUUCACGUAUCGAAGAGACCUGAAACGUCAUUUGCAAACUCAUUCUGGAAUGCAACUGUAGCGUUCUGUAUGUAGUAAAAGAUUUACGAAAU